CAGGUACUUGCGGCGCAUUUCAUGGGCUCAAUUUCCCUGGGCGAAGUGCGCAUAGCUGGAUCUCUUCUGGCUACGCUCAUACAGGUAGUGGGGCAGCGGGCAGGUCGGCGUGCAGAGGGCUUGUUGCUCGGGGAUGCCCUUGUCCACACCGUGGCCGUCACGGAUGACACACAAGAAGCGAGGGACCGCACAGACCUGCAAUUAGACGUGACAGGGUAUGUGUCCACAAAUCAAAAGGACGCGUUCUAUGAACCACUGACUGGAACCAUGAACGCGACAAAAAUUGCCGAGGCCACAUCAGAAGUUAAUAGGCGACAUAGGAUGGUUGGCUGGUAUGUGGCUCGAAAUACGGCAAGCACCAAGCCAAGCUUGCGAGACCUGGCCAUACUGAGGCAUUUGGGUGACUACUUGAGGUCCACAUCGCGAGAAGAUGAUGCUGAAGCUCUCCGGGGAGAGAGCAGGACGCCAAGCGAGGCAAAGAAAUCCAGCAGCGGGACGACAUUAGAUAGGCGAGGAAAGGAUCCAGCUUUAGCCUUUCCGGCAGUGCUAAUCGUGUUCUCCCUGGACCUGCGAUCCUCCUCGGAGGCUCAGGGCAUUUCAUAUGCCUGCCACUACCUUUCUCCUGCUGCUCCCUUUUCUUCCUCCGAGAGUGCGUCCCUCGCCUACCAAACGCAUCUUCUCAAGGUCCGAAAUGUCUCACACGACUCUACCGCCGAGUACCAGGCCUACACAGGGGGCACGUACCCGUCAUUGCUCUCCCCGCACUCGUCACUCCCCUCGAGAACCUCCCAACCCUCUGCAAGGAUGCCCUCCCCAGUUAUCCCCUCUAUGCGUCCCGGCUUGGCAGACUUCGCACGCGCCAUUCCUCCUCCUCAUGUGACGGAAUACGAACUGUAUCUAGAUCAGAUUUUGGAGCAUCUGCACGGCUUAGUGGAUGAGAUACGCGCGGAAGAACUGGAAUUGAGAGCCUUUAUAUCGACAUCCUUCUGA